AUGGCCCAACCAGUUCAGUUUGCCGACAAGGCCCAUUGGAAUGACCUCGAGAUUCACGCACUACUUGACUACCUCGUCCUUAAUCGUGCACAGGGUGGCGACGGAGGAAACUUUCCACAGGAAACUUACAACAAAGCGGCAGUUCUCCUGAAUGCCGAUGAAACACUCGAAUCAGUGGGGGCACUGAAGACUGGGAAGAAGGUCAAGACUAAGUGGACCUCGCUCAAAAAAUCAUUCAGUGGCAUUGAGACAUACCGCAACCAAUCAGGUUGUCACUGGGACAAGGACACAGGAGCAUCGAUCGAAGGUACAGACGCGGGAGUUGUGUGGAAGGCCUAUGUUGAGCCACAGUCUCAUUCGUCAAUGCGUCCCUUCCGGAACAAGGGCUGGGUAUUCUACGACAAGAUGCUGGAGAUCUUG